AUGUCACUUUUUGUGACAGUUUAUCGGCAAGCGUCAAGAGGCCUAGCUACGUAUUCAAAACUGUUGGCAGCUCAAAAAAAUGAAGGAAAGAAGUUUCCAAAAAUAUACACAAAAACUGGUGAUAAAGGUACAUCAUCAACAUACACAGGAGAAAGGAGACCCAAAAAUGAUGUCAUUUUUGAAGCUUUAGGAUCGACUGAUGAGCUUUCCUGUGCUAUUGGUUUGGCUGCUGAAUACUGUAGAGACUCUGAUAUACCGGUUGUAACAGAUUUAGUAAAAAUCCAGUGUGUGCUUCAAGAUGUAGGAUCGUGUGUGGCCACGCCAUUGUCAUCUGCCAGAGAUUCACAUUUAAAGAUGACAAAAUUUAACGGGAAGCAUGUGACAGACUUGGAAAAAUUGAUAGACCAGUAUACAGCAGAGUUACCUCCCUUGGAAAACUUCAUCAUUCCUUCUGGUGGCAAAUCUUCAUCAUCCUUACAUUUAGCCAGAUCCAUUUGUCGCAGAGCAGAGAGACAUGUGACACCUUUAGUAAGAAGUGGAGAAAUUGAUGUUGAACCACUUCAGUAUCUCAACAGAUUGAGUGAUUUUCUUUUCACUAUUGCAAGAUACUCAGCUAAAAAGGAAGGAAAGGAAGAAAUGAUUUACAUACGAGUUUACCCGACUGAAACAGAUGACAAAUGACAAAAACAUAUGCAUUCUAACUAGCUUACAAUUAUUAAUGUUAGUAAAUGUAACUGUGAUUUUGAUUGAUGUGCAAUGACCAAAAUGAAUCCAAUUUUUACAACGAUUCUCAUUGGUGUACAGUGACCAAAAUGACUCCAAUUGUUACAAUGAUUCUCAUUGGUGUGCAGUGAUCAAGAUGUCUUCAAUUCUUACAAUGAUUCUCAUUGAUCUGCAGUGACCAUGAUACAUUGUUGCUCAUUGGUCUGCAGUGACCAAUAUGUCUUCAAGUGUUACAGUGAUUCUCAUUGGUCUGCAGUGGCCUCUCGUGAAUUUUGUCAUAUGUACCUGAUAGUCUCAUUGGCCAAAAAUGAUAAUGAUGUCUUUAAUGUAUCACUCAUUCUCAUUGAUGUAUAAUGACCAUUCUGUCUUAAGUCGGGAAUCAGUGUGUUUCUCACAUGUAACAACGUUGGUGUCAUAUACAAUUGUAUUUCAAUUGAUGUAAACUCUGUGCUCUGACCUUGAUGUAAAUAUGCAUGUAGAUACUAAUAUGAUCAACAGAAUAAUUUUGAAUAAGCUCUGAAUUGAUUAAUAUUUUUCUCUGAAGUAAAAUAAUAUCUUUCUCUAACACGGAUUCGAUCUUUACUAGAUAUGAACAAAAAAUUGAACCUAGUUUAAUGUGCUGUUUGUUUUGCAGCCAUUAUGUACAGUAGAACUAAGCACAGGCAAUACUCUAAUGACACAUUAAACAAUGCCAUUUAAAAUUAAUAUGAAAUCCUAAAUGUCUUCUGAAUUAUUUGUCUGAUUAGCAAAAAUUGAUUUUCAACUUCCGCUAGCUGUAUACCAUUUUGUGAACAAAUGAAUUUGUAGAGUGCCCACGAUUUACUUGAAAAUGAACCCCUCAUGAAAAUUAACUAUUUUACAGUAAUGAAAUUACCCUUCACACUAUUUCUUUUCUAUGUUGCUACUAGUCGUCGCCAUCAUCAACAUCAGUUUGAUUGUAUACUAUAUAAUCAUACUGAUUAAGUUAGGACAAAGCAGAAACUUGCACCAGUUUCACUGAACACUGUCGUAAUCCUGACCAAUUCGUUGAACACCGGUAUGUGAUGAUGCAGACAGUUUUGGCCCUUGGAAUUAUUUUAGCAUACGAUAACAGUGUAAUAUAUUAGACGAAUGCAUUAAUCAUUCUGCAGUGUAUUUCUGUUGUAAAGUCAAAUGAACCAUUAUGCUUGAAGCUGUUGGAAAUGACUACGAGUAUCUGAAUUGGCAAAGUUUGUUUCUUUUUGUGAUGACAAUGUCGUGUCUAUUCUGAGCAAAGAAGACGCUUUCCAUUUUCAAUCUGCAUUCUGCUUUUAUGUGAUUCCAGUAAUAAAUGUCCUGUCCAAUCAACUGGUGAUAUCAAAUAUUUCAAAAUACUCCGAUAUCUAACAUGUCUUUGUUGACACUGCACGGGUUUACAUUGAAAAUGUGGUACCUUUUAGAUAUAUUUGAUGUAAAUAUGCACGUACGGGCAUGUUAAGCGUUAUCAUGAACAGAACGAUAUGACUCACAUACCUAUUUUUUUAAAUUUUCAUUUGUGUGCAAGACAAAACAAGUGUAUGUGAAUAUGAAUAUUUGCAUAUUAAACUUGUGUACAUGUAGGAUAUUGUGAAAGAGUAGGCAUCUCCUGAUUCUUUGUCUUUGUUAAUAAUGAAAAACUGCAAUCUGAACAAGAAAAUCAAGAGCGGAUUUCAACUUGCUUGUGUAUUUACCACGCCUACAUAGCUGAGUCGGAUUCACUUAGAAUCUAAGCAGGAAAGGUAACUCAAGCAAAAAGGGUGCUUUUUUCAGAGAAUGGAAAUCAUUUAUGUAAAUAUGUCUUUGUUGUGAAACGCUAGUUUUAUAUUGUCCGUCUGCUCUGGUAGUCAGGUCAGGGUUCAGAGUUCAUUCUUUGUACGUCGUGGAAAAAUGCAUCAUGGAAUAUGUUUACGUGAAAGUCCAAAGGAAACAGACUUGCAGAUUUAGCAAGGCUUAGGUGUCCCAUGAGGUAACUUUAAUACGGUUUAAACGUUUGAAGUUUGAUUAAUUUU